AUGAAUACAAUGAAUGUAUUGAAGGAGCAGGAAAGGAACCUCCUGCUAAACAUUAUGAAAAAGUUUAAAGGGAAAAAGUGUCUUUUUUUCCAACCGUCCUUACACAUAAUUUUGAAUGUAAUCUUGAAUGAUGAUGAUAUUAACAAAGAACAGAUUGAACAUGUGUUUUUUACAGAGAAUGAAACAGAAGUAAAUAUAAACAAGCUGGAUAACAUUUUUAACAUUUUAUUUUUUAUUCGUCCAAACUUUUAUGAAAUUGAGAAUAUUUUUAAAAUAAUUGAAAAAUUAGAAAAAUCAGAAUUAAAUGAAAAUGGAAAAUCUACUAGUAAUAGAAACAAGAAAUAUGCUAUUAUUUUCAUCCCUUAUAUGACUACCAUGUGCAAAAAGGAAAUUUUAAAACAUAAUAUACUUGACAUUCCUAUUAAAAUUAUUAUAUUUCCUCUUUAUUUUAUUCCAUUAUAUAAUGAUGUAUUUAGCUUAGAAAUCAAGGGAUUAUUUAAAGAAUAUUAUGUAGAUAAUGAUUUUAGCAACUUAAUUUUCUGUUCAUUCAGUCUAAUGUUUCUUCAAUACUUUUUUAACGGUGUUUUUAAAAAUAUUAAAUCUUUAGGAAAAUUAUCUCAUUUUAUUUCUGAACAGUUAAUACAAUUAAGAAAAGAAAUUGUAGCUACAAAUUUUGAUAUUCAAUCUCCAAACAAUUUUGAACAGGACUUUUUCGAUAUUAUAACGAAUUUACAAAAUUUUAAAGACAUGAAUCAUUCCAAAAAUUCUGCUCAACCCAUCGCUGUUCCCCUCAAAUAUGCAAUCCACAAAAUAUUCAUCUCAGAAAAAAUACACAGGAAGAAGAAGAAGAAGCAGAAGGGACACAAUUUGAAAGAUAGUAAUAUGAAUGGAAUCGAUUCCAAGUUAGCCAAUCCCAUGAGAAGAGCAAGUACAAAAAAGAGAGAUGCCAAGAAAAAUUAUGAUAAUACAACAAAUCAUAUGCACAGGGAAGAUGUUAGAAAUGAAAAGAACGCAAGGGAAGUAACUGUUUCAGGAAAGCAAGGGCCGAAGUUGCAUGAACAGGAUGGCGAAGAAGAGGAGGAAGAAGAGGCAGAGGAGGAAGAUGAAGAAGAGGAAGAAGAGGAAGAUGAAGAAGAGGAAGAAGAGGAAGAUGAAGAAGAUGAAGAGGAAGGAGACGAAGAGGAAGGAGACGAAGAGGAAGGAGACGAAGAGGAAGGAGACGAAGAGGAAGGAGACGAAGAGGAAGGAGACGAAGAGGAAGGAGACGAAGAGGAAGGAGACGAAGACAAAUAUUAUGACCUUCACAACAGUGACAACCACCACGACAGUGAUGACUGUGACCAUUCCGUGGAUGGACAACAUGCAGAAGAUGAAAAAUCCCAAGAGAAUGAAAACCAUCGUGGGGGGAGAGGAAGAGAAAAAAAUCCCGAAAAAAAAAAGGAGAGAAUAACGGAACGGUCAGAAGGAGAACUCGUAACGGGGUGCACUGAGAAUUCAACAGAGGGAGAAAUGCCAAAGCAGGUCGCCGGUGCAUUAGCAGUAGCAGUAGCAGAAGUUGAGGAAAAGACAAACAGAGGCGAAACAAGACAUACCACACAUGAAGUUAAAAAAGGAGACAAACUCAACAGACCCCAAGACAAAUAUAAAAGGCAAAACCAAAAUGGUACGAACGAGGAAGAAAAAAUCUCUCCUUUUACAGGAAAGGAACAUAUGCACGCAGAAGAUCAAAAGUGGACAGCACAAAUUGGAAAGAAAACAGAAGACAUUGGUGAGCCCCUCAAAGAUGAAACAAAAACGAAUCAAACAUUCGAAUCUGCAUUGAACCGGGAGAGUAUACGGAGGGGUAAGGGAAAGUGGAGAGAAGAAGAAUGUACAAAAAGGGGGGUGCAGAAAAUUGGCUCACCAAAGAGCCGUUCCAAAAUGGGUUCUACUGAGGACCGUUCCAAAAUGGGUUCUACUGAGGACCGUUCCAAAAUGGGUUCUACUGAGGACCGUUCCAAAAUAGGUUCUACAGAGGACCGUUCCAAAAUGGGUUCUACAGAGGACCGUUCCAAAAUGGGUUCUACAAAGGACGAUGCUUACAACCAUGACGAAAUUCCCCCAAUGGCGAAUUUCAUGGCGAAGGAGGACAACACAAAAUUCUUGUCCAAAAAGAAGGAAAAUCGAAAGAUGGAAAAGAUAAAAAAAAAGGAGAAAAAUUACGUUUUAGAAAAAUUAGGAAUAAAUAAUUUCAAUUUUCUGCUAAAUGUGUCAAGCAGGGUAGAUUCCUGUAUAAUCUUGGAUCGAAAAAUAGACAUGGUUACACCUUUUUGCACUCCAUUCACGUACGAAGGGCUACUUGAUCAUCUUUUUUGUAUCAAUAACUUGCAGAUAGAAGUUCCACGAUACAUAAUUUUUAACGAUAGUUAUAAAAAUGCAAUGGUGAAAAAGGAACAUAAAUUGUGUGAAAGAGAAGAGAACACUGAUGAUGAACUAUUAAAAAAUAUGCAAGUGCGUAUAAAAUUAAAAAACACAGUAGAUGUGCUAUAUAAUGAUAUAAAGGACCUAAGUCAGAACGAAAUUGGAAUCUUUUUACAUAAUAAAGCUAGCGAAAUUCAAAAAACGUAUAAAGAAAAGGAUACACUAAAAGAUAUUGAACAGAUAAAUGAGUUCAUGAGAAAAUUUAAAGUAAAACAUUAUGAACAUAAUUCUUUGUCUACCCAUGUAAAUUUAGCUUCUUUCAUCCAGAAUACAAUGAAAAAAGAAUCCAAUUUUAACAAAUUAAAACUAGAAGAUGAAAUUAUACAAUUGAACACAAACACAAAUAAAAGUACUCUCCAAAAUAUUGUGCAACAGAUUCAGUUGCUCAUACAUACAAAUGAAGACAUUUAUGAAGUCUAUCGAUUGUUAUGUCUCUUCUCAAUUGUCACUAAUGGAAUUUAUGAAACGUACAUGAAUGAAAUAAAAAAAGAUAUUGUAGAACAAUAUGGAAUUAACGAAUUAACAAGAAUAAACAAAUUACAUCUGUGUAAUAUUUUAAAAUACCAACCCAAGCAAAAAUUUAUUUGGAAUCAUUUAAAAAACCAUUUUAAUCUAUUUUCAAAUGAACAAAACGAUAUUUCAUAUGUAUGCAAUGGUUAUGCUCCUCUAUCCGUUAGACUAAUUGAAUAUAUGGGGAUUCUAAAAAAUAAUAUACAAGUUUUUCCAGAAAUUUUUAACCUUCUCAAUGGUCCUACACAUCACAUUAUGCAAAAUGCUGUAGGUUUUGACAAUUUAUUACCAUCAACCACAACAAAAAUAAGUUCAAGACAAGAUCAGGAACCUCAUACUGAUGAUGCAAACAGUUCGCACAUACAAAAGGACAUUGUUAUUCUUUUCUACGUAGGAGGUAUAUCCUAUGUAGAAAUAGCAGCUAUCCGAAAUUUAAACAAGACUAAUAAAUAUUAUCACUACUUGAUAUUCACCACGGAAAUUAUUAGUUCCAGGAAAAUAUUGCACAGCAUGGAUGGAUAUUUGAUUUAA